AUGAGCGGCGAGGUGUGCGUCCAGACCCUGCACAGGCUCCGACAGGUCGGUUCUUUUCGGGCGCUCGUAGAGCAGAAAUAUCAAGCAGGUUGGUAUUCAUUUCGAAGAAAUCGGCAAUUGAGCGAUUAAGGGCCGGGGAAGCGAAUCGUUGUUGACUUCUCCUCGCCGAACAUCGCCAAACAGUUCCACGUCGGAAACUUACGAUCAACGCUGAUCGGAAGAUAUGUGGAUAAGGUUUAAAGACAAACUCAGUUCGCUUUUGUUAGAAUUUAUCUGAUUUUCAGGUGAACAGAGUGAUAGGAAACGAGGUGACAUCAGUGAAUUAUCUGGGAGACUGGGGCACUCAGUUCGCAAUGAUCGCCGCUUUUUGGCCGCAAAUGCGUCCGUCCGAUCAGUACUGGAAUUCGCUCCCCGACGUGGAAAAGAUCAAGCAGUUGACGGAUUGCUACGUGGUGGCCAACAAAAACAUGAAGAUCGACGAGGAGUUCCGCGCCAAAGUUUACGAAACGUUUGUAAGCAUGGAAAAGGCGGUGUCGGAAGGGAAAGAGGACGAUGAGAACAUGCGGCUGUGGCGGCAGAUCGGCCAGAUAUCCAGAGAACACCUCUUGCAGUUCUAUAAGCUUUUCAAUAUUCAAUUCGAUCAUUGGCUCUGCGAAUCGAAUCAAGUACGGAAGGCACACGAAUACGCGCAAGAGCUGAUCGACAGCGGACUCACGGAAGACUUGGACGGACGCACCAUCAUUCGGUUGAAAGAAAGAGAGAACGAGAUGAAGAAGACGGACGGAGUAAACUAUGCAAUUCUGAGAAAGAGCGACAAGUCGAGCCUCUAUCUGACGAGAGAAAUUGCUGCGAUUCUGGAGAGAGAUGCCACUUUCCAGGCGGAUCGGUACUUGUACGUGGUGGACAGGGCUCAGAGACAGCACUUCAAAGCACUCAAAGUGAUCCUCGAGAAAAUGGGAAAAGCGGAUUUGUCGGAGAAAAUCGAACAUGUUCAGUACGGAAGAGUGAGAGGAUUGUCGACGAGAAAUGGAAGAACGGAAGCAGUCGGAGAGAUAAUUGAGAAGGGAAGAGAGCUCGCCUUGCAGUUCAUGAAGACGUCGAAGACAUUCUGCAUGGAUCCGGAGGUUGAGAAAGAGGUGGCGAUCGGCUAAUGUCAAUGCAAUUUUAAUCUUAGCUGCUUUUUUCAGAUUUCAAAUGUGCUUUCUCUAUCUACUGUGGUGUUCAAUGAGUUGAAAAGAGCACGCAAUUCGGAGUACGAGUUCUCAUUCCAGAAUGCGUUUUCUUUGACUCAAAACAAUGCUCUUGCUCUUCAGGUUUUGUUACUUCUCGGUCGUACCUUAUCUGUCUAUUAUCGUGUUUACAGAUGAAGCACAGUCGAUUGUCGUCUCUUGAAGAGAAGCAUAAACAUCUUCUUCCUCUCGUCGAAAAGUGUGACAAGUUCCCUGAUUUUGACACGAACGACGACGUGAAACGAUUGAUCAGACUUUUGAAUGAUCUCGAAGAGGCCGUGGAACUGAGUGCAGAGAAGUUAGAAGCCUGCCAGCUUACCGUUCAACUGAUUCACGUGGCAGCAGCUGUCGGAAGUGUUCAGAAGCAGUUGCGCGUGAAAGAUCAGCCAGAAGAGGUCGCUUUCUCAGCCUUGACUUUGCUUCUAACGAGCAGUCUAUUUCCAGGUGGCCGUCCCACGUCUUCUUCUUUUCACAGCCGUCCGGAAUGUUCUCUCCGAAGGCCUCCAUCUUCUCGGAAUCACUCCAGCCCGAUCGAUGUGA